AUUGGGUUGCCGAGGUGUCACGUGAGGCAGACGGUAUGAUGGCGGGCGCUGGGGAAGACGCACGGGCGCUCUAUAGAGCUGGCGUCCGAGCCGCGCUGGAGGCUUGGCCCGCUUUGCAGAUUGCGGUGGACAAUGGCUUCGGGGGCGUGCACAGCCAGGAAAAGGCCGAGUGGUUUUGUGGUGCAGUGGAGGAUUAUUUCUUCCGCAAUGCUGACUUGGAGCUGGAUGAAGUGGAAGACUUCCUUGGGGAGCUGAUGACCAAUGAGUUUGAUACUGUUGUGGAGGAUGGGAGUCUGCCCCAGGUGAGCCAGCAGCUGCAGACCAUGUUCCACCACUUCCAGAGAGGUGAUGGGGCUGCCCUGCAGGAGAUGACCUCUCACAUCACCCAAAAGAAGCGUAAAGUCACAGCCACUGCAGUGAAGACUGCCAAACCAGCUGAGGAAGCGGAAGCAGACACUGUGGAAGAAAUGGAGGUCGCAGCUGUGAAUAAUGGGGCUACUACUGAGAAGGUGUGUCCUCAGCCUGAGCCCUCUGAUUCGGAUCUCCAGACAAUUAAGGAAGAGGAUAUAGUGGAAGAUGGCUGGACCAUCGUGCGGAGAAAGAAAUGAGUGGAUCUGGAAAUGGUUUUUGAGUCUUUUGUUUCUUAGAUGUUCGGGGAUUUCUGUAGGGGUCGUUUGUUUGAGGUCUGUAGACCUCUGGACUGUUUGUUUAUCCUGUCCUCACCCUCUUUCCUGAUCCCCUGUCUAGCUUCUUCCAGGGC